ACCAGCAACAAGUGCUGCUCAGUGACAUCAGCUUGGGUGGCUCCAGCCAUCCUGGCCUUAUGUGCCGCACGAUGAUGUCACAGUGCCCACACAAGUCCUCACAGUGACACCUGAGCAUCUCCCAGCAGAACGCCCGGGCAGUGCCGGUGGAUUUCCCUUGCCAGCAGGCAGGGGAUAGAUUGCCUUGGUGCACAAGUGGCUGCACACUCAAUCUUUGGUCCAAACCAGAGAGGAAAAAUGAAAAUGGAGGCAUCAGUAACAGAAACAGCUUCUGUUCCUGAGCCGGUGGGGCUGCUUGAGACCUCAGCCUCUGCCUUCAGUCAUCCGCAAGGACAGGACCCAGCAGCAGCUGGCAAUGCUGCUGGAGCAGCAACAGUGGAAGAACAGGACUCAGAAAUGGUUCUGGUUGAGGAGGAAACCAAAGGUUUACAUCUGAGUUCCUCUCAGGAGAGCACUGGCCAAGCCAGUGUCUUCCCAUCGCUCAGCUUCCCACAAAAACUCUGGGUACUGGCAGAAAGUGAGAACGUGAAGAGCAUUUGGUGGGGUCUCGGAGGAAACUGCCUGGUGAUCGAGGAAGAACUGUUUCUGGUGGAAGUCCUGGCCAAGGAAGGACCUGUGAAAGCGUUUGGCUGUACAAGCAUGAAAAGUCUUGUUCGCCAGCUCAACCACUAUGGCUUCACCAAAGUUUCACGGGCUGUAGAAAGAUCUCCUUCCCUUCCUGAGUUUCUUGCUGAGGAAGAAGUGUUUGCUAGUAAUAGGAAAUUACUGCUGUACUCCAGCCCAUUCUUCAGGAGACAUUACCCAGAACUUCUGCGUCACUGCAAGCGAAGAGCAGCCCGGAAGAGAGGUGUAGUGGCUGCCCCUGGCCCUGCCCUGCAAGAGGCUUGGAAUGAGAGCCCUCAGAGAAGCAGUCCAGGUGCUCAUCCCACGUGGGGAGCAGCUGCUGGGCCAGAGGGGAGCCUACAGGCAGGAGAGCCAGAAGGCGCACAACCAGUGGCACUUGUGGGGCCUCCGCCAGCCAAGCGCCCCAAGAAAGGCACCCCCCAAGCGCAAGCAGGCCCUGCUCACAGCCUGCCAGGCCCUGCUGCAGCACCAGUGCCAGAACAGUGCCACGCUCUGCCCUGCUUCACGCUGCCACCCAACAGCAGCCAUAUGUUGGGUGCCACUUGUGCUCCUUCGGCGCACGGUGCUCUGCCCUUUGUGGUGCCCACUUUGACAUCUGGCCCCCCUCAGCAGGAGCUCCCACAGGCCCCAGAAGCACCCCAGCUGCAGGCUCCCUGGGCCUCCCUGCCUUUCCUUCGUGCAUGUUUUGCGAUGGCCAUGACGGCAGUGGCCAAGAUGAUGCCACCGGACUGGCAGCCCUGGGCAGCUCCACACUGCCCUACGUGCACCUGCAGCCAGCACCAGGAACAUGCCAGCUGUGGGAUGGCCCCAUAGUGCAGGACCCACUGCAGGCAGCAGGACAGCAGCCUCUCCUCACUCGUUCCUAGCUUGUAGCUCAUAGGUGUAUACUUUAGGAAAUAGCAUGUUUAAUUAAGUCACCUUCUCAGUUCUCACACCCCUUUGUUCGUUUAUUUAUCUACUUAUUUAAUUG